UUAAUAAUAAUUAAGCUCAUUUUAUCACUAGGACAUUAAUAUCGUAUAUUCUGUUGUCGUUUUUUCCGUCUUUCUAGUUUCUUUUGUUUUUUUUCAUUUAUUUCUGGAGAUUCAUUUUCUGGAGCUCGUUGCAUGAAAUAAGGUCCUAAGAAAUUUUUCCAUAUUAUCCAAAAUGCUCGACCAGGUGCCUGAAAAAUUGGAAUAUUAUUCAAUAGUGAACUAAUAUUUUAUUUAAUAUCAAAAUGUAUCUAUCAUUUAUAAAUAAUAAAAACAAUUGAUUUGAUAAUAAAUAUAUAUAUAUAUAUAUAUAUGUAUAAAAAAAAAAAAAAACUAAGCAAAUUAAAUUAAAUAAUAGUCUAGAAUUUAUCUUUAACACAAUGUUCUAAAAAUGAAUUGAAAUUAUUUUUUACUUACUAGUAACCAUAAAAACCAAAAGUAAUUGGAAAAUAUUGAUAAUAAUUGACAACCUGAUGUUAAAAGAAUCACAUCUUUUGUAUGUCUAAAAUUAAAUAAAACAUAUAACAUUUAUACUUUUGUUAAUAAUAAAUAAUUUUCAUAGAUGAUGGUCCAUAACAUAAAAAACUAUAUAAAAUAGUAUACACCAGAGACUCAAAUUUUAUAUACAAAAUAACCUGUUUGUUUUCUUAUGAAUGAAAAAUUGUUAUUAACAAUAUUUAAUUUUAAAAUAUCCAUAUCAAAUAUUUGAACAUGCAACAUAUUACACAUAAUACGAUUAUUAAUUUAUUCUAUUUUAAUAAUUUAACAAAUGCAAUAACUUUUGCUCUAUACAAUAAUUUUGAUAUAAAAUUUUUUUAAAUAAUUAGUAUGCCUCAACGCUACAAUUUAUGUAUAACCAUUUUUUUUUAUGGGAUGGGAAAUUUAAAAUAGCCAUUUUGUAAAAUAGAUGUUUAGAAUAUUUUUAGUUGUUCAAACUUUUGUUAAAGUAUGGCCUUUAAUUUUCUAAGGUUUUUUGAAGUUUUUGCUAAUGUGAAUAUUACCUAUUGUGGUUAUUCAAUUAUCAGUUAUUAGUCAGGAUUUUUUUUCCAUGAUUUAAUAUCAUGCAAUAAUAUUAUUAUAUUUAUCAGGUAGUUUCAAUCAAUAAAUAAUGGUGGUUUAUGUUGAUAAACAAUAUUGUUAUUAUUGAAAAAAAAUUAUUCAAAUUUUCAAAAAUUUUUAGAAAAUAAAAGAUCAUACUUUAACAAAAGUUUCAACUACCAAACAUUUUCUAAAAAUCUAUUUUACAAAAUGGCUAUUUUGAAUUUUUAAAAAAAAAUUAUAAAAAAAUUUUAAGUCCCCCUUGCUCUAAAAAAAAUAGUUCAUUAAACUGUAGUGCUGCGGCAUACUAGUUAUUUAAAACAAUUUAUAACAAAAAUAUUGAAUAGAACAAAAUUGAUUGCAUUUGUUGAAUUCUCGUGGAACAUAUACUCGUAUAUUUCAAAAUUUUAGCUUAGACCUUUCUAGUACACAUAUUACAUAGAUAAUUAUUUAAAAGAAAUUAAUUACAUAAAAAUAUAUCAUUAAACACUUACUCUGCUAAACCUCCGUCAAUAUUGAGAUCUGUACCAGCAUCUAGUAACUGACCACUUUCAGAAAAUUUUGAAGUAGCCAUGUAUUCCAUAAAUUUAUAACUACCACCAUUUGAUGCAACAACAAGAACAAAUAGAAACUGUAACAAUAUACAUUUUUACUAAAAAUAAUUCAUUGUCACAUAAAUAAAGUUAUAAGUAAAAACCAAAAUUUUUUAACAUUUUUUAACCAGCAUUAGACACGUUAAUGUAUAUUAUGGAGUUAGUUGUAUGGUGUCUUUUUCGACCGCAUUACAAUUUUAAAGUAAAACAAAUAUUAUCUUACAUAUUUAUUAAAACAAAUCAAUACUUAAAUUAAAAAAAUUACACAAAUUGGUUGUUUUACAUAAAAAUAAUUUAUUUUAAAUAAUCCCUCCAAUUGAAAUAAAUUAUUUCUAUGUAAAAUGACCAAUUUGUAUAAUUUUUUUUCUAUGUUUUCCAUCAUUUAAGUUUUUAUAUUUAGUUACGUUUUAUAUUUUGGCUGUGAUUUACCUGAUGAUGAAUUUUUAAUUUGAAACCGGUCGUAUAAUAUACAUUUAUUCAUUUAUUUAUUUUUAUAUUUACAUUUUUUAUUUAUAUAUUUAUUUACGAGUAUUAACCAUUUUAAUAAUUUUGUUUUCACUUUAUUAUUUUAUUAAUAAAUAAUAUUUUACAUACUAUGUUUGUAAAAGAAAAAAUAUUCCCAAAAAUCAAAUUAAAUACAAGGUAUAUAGCAGAGACAGCUAAAAUUAUAUUCCGGUAAAACUUCAAUGUGGCCAUAUUCUCUUCAAAUAUUUGUUUCUGGCCUUUAGUGCCUAUUUUACCUUUCUGGGGCUGUUGGAAAAAAAUCAACUUUAUUUUACACGGUUAUAAAUAAUUUCACAUAAUUUGUAUUUACUUACCGCCAUAACUCUCUUUGAGUCUCUCUCCAGACUAUCCCUGAAUGUUCGUAUUAUUUCUAACUUUUAAUCGAAUUAUAGAACUGAAUCAUUUUUAAUUGUUACAUGGACACAUAAGAACUCUCUGACUUUCUUUUUGAAUUUAAUUUCAUAAUACAUUUCAUUUUGUACUAUAUUGGUAAUACACAUCGCACAGCACGUUAUCAAUGAGUUUUUACUGAAUCUGUCCAACGCACGACGCGUGUCAUAUAGAAAAAAAAAAACGAUUUCAAAUAGGUAAGUAACUGAAAAAUAUUUUUCCCAUAAAAAUAUUCAAAUGUCAUUUGCUUAAUAUUUAGCUACUGAAUUCUGUGAAAAAAAAAUUACUUCUGUGAAUUUAAUAUUUAUGAUUAUUUACAUUCAUAAAAUACGAUUAUAAAAUAAUUCGUGUAACGACACCACUGUUCGUGGUCUGCCGACUAUGAAAAAUUGAUAAAACAUUUGGCAACGUUGAUAACGAUGUUUCUCAUUAUUCUCACGUGCUUUUUUUUUUGAUAUUGAUACCUUUUUUCGUAUUUCAUAUUUUCAUUAUUGUCGUUGAUAAGUUAUUGUGAACAACUUUUACAAUGGCCAAAAGUAUUAGGAGUAAAUGGCGUCGGAAAAUGAGGGCCAUCAAGCGGAUCAGGUAUGGCGUGAAAGAAUUGGACAGGCUGAAGACGAUGUUGGUGAAUGCCGGAGAAAUAGAAGUGAAGGAAGGCGGUGAAAUCGAACACGUCUGUUUGGGUACAUAAUUUAUUAUUUCAAUUACGCGUAUCAUACAAUAAGUUAUUAAAAACAAUAUCAUUAAACUUGUAAAAUCGCCGUAUAUUCAUUGACAUAGCAUAGUUGAUAUCCCUAUAUCAAUAGGUGGCCACGCACUAGCGGUUUUUUUGACGGAUUUAGUCUUCGAAAAAUCAAAUCCGCUGAUUAAUCCAUUCGUGUGUGGUGAUCAAGGGAUGGGAUCUUACGAUUCAAAAAAUCUGAUGGAAUAAGUCCUACUGAUUAAAUCUCUUAUCGGACUCUAAUUGACAAUAACCAGAUCCUAGUGAUCCUACAAAAUAAAAAUAGGUAGUAUGAUAAUGAAUUCUCUGUCACUAUUACAUUUUUUUUUUUAAAAAAAUAUCAGAUUUUUAAAACCGUAUUUUCAACUUGAAAUUAUACUUUUAUUGCCGAAAACAAUCAAAAAAAUUUCGUAUCAACAUUUUCACUUAUAAUAACAUAAACCAAUUUCAAAUGGUGAUAAAUAACAUUUAAAAUAAUGUCCUUCUUAUGGAACACCAGGUCUGAAGGGAUUGAUAUAAAUUAUUUUUUCAAUUUCAUAUAUUUUUUAACUGAUUAAAUUCAACUAAACAAAAUAUUGAUGAUAUUGAUAUGAUGUAUAUCUAUAAUAACUGAAUAGUUUAAAAUUUGAAUUAUUAUAUUUUAUGGCAAUAUUAUCUUUAUUUUUAUUAAAAAAUAAUUUAUAGGAAACUGUUUCAUUUCUCAUACAUACAUGUAUAAAAUAGUACAUUUUUACACAGGAAACUAAACAAAAUUCCGAGGUGGUUAUAGCCGCCUAAGCUUCCAUUCUAUGCCUAUGUUGUUAUGUACUUAUUCAUUAUUUCCCAAUGAUUAAAAGUUGGUUUUUUGGUUAGUUACGUGAAACAAUAUUUUGUUUGAUACAUUUUUGAAUUCUGAAACAUUACUAAUGAGUAAAUGUUUACAACUGUCGGGACAACUAAACUUAAAUUGAAAACUUUUACUUUUUCAAAAAUGUGUUUUAAAACUUUUACUUUUAAGGUACUAGAAUAUUAAAUUUUAUUGUAAAUAUAUCUUAGUAUAUAUAGAUGCAGUGCUAUAUUUAAUUAUUUAUUACGUAUCAAUUGUUAUCAACAUAUGUUUUUUUAAUGUGAGUGUUAAUUUUUGAUUAAAUACUUUUGUAGGCCGUUUAAUAAAUUUCUGCGGGCUGUAAUUGGUCACCGCUGUUUUAAACAAUUAUUUAUGAAUACUUAUAAACACUAUUUGUAAACAAUUAUUAAAAAAAUAACAAUAUUAUACAUAAAUAGUUCAUUCUUAUUUUCAGUUUGAUGAACUUGGACUACUAAAAUUUUUUUUUUUUUAACUAUCCCAUCACUGAUAAUUACUUUUUCAUAUUUAGUUAUUUAAAAUAAUUUAUACUAAUAUGCUGUGUUUUUAGUUAAAGCUAAGAAUGAAGAAGAAGAGAAAAUGCAAUUAGAAAAAGAAGAAAAAUCUAAAACGGAUAAAAUUGCAAAACUAUCAAAUAAAACUCCAAAAAAAAAAAUCCAACACCCAACUUGGCUGAGAAAAAAAGAAUACAAAAAAUAUAUAAGAGCAUACAAAAAACAACAAUCGAUAAAUGCUAAAAGAUUAAAAAUGUCCUGUUAAAAUAUAAAUUGUGCAUUAUAAAAUUAAUUUUUUAUAAUAUUUUUGACUUGUUAUAUCAGAGCUUUAAUAUGUUUUCUAAACAUAAUAAAUUAAUAAUUUUGCUAAUAA